CCCUGAGUGACCAUGGGCGACGUGAGGUUGAACUCUGACCCCUCCUGCUCAUCCUCCCCUCCCUCUGAAGUCUCCCCUCCCUCGCCGGAGUCCUCCUCCUCCAUCCCCUUCAGAAACGGAGUCAUGCCUUUCAUGCUCUCUGUCAGCGCAGAGCAUCUACAGAGGUUCAAGCAGCUUUUACUGGAGGAGAACCCCAGACCCAACUGCACCCCACUCACCUGGGACCAGCUGAAGUCAGUCCGCUGCGGGGAGGUGGUCCAUCUGCUGACCGAGUACUUCCCAGGACGGCGCGCCUGGGAGGUGGCUCAUGACAUCUUCGCCAAGAUGAACCAGACGGAGCUUUGUGUUCAGAUACAGAGGGAGCUGAACGAAAUUUUACCUAACUUGGAACCGGAGGACUUGAACCAGAGAAAGAGGGAGCUGACUUUGGAGGAAGAUGAGUCUGAUAAAAUUCGGGAGUACAAGGCACGUGUGAUGAGUGAGCAUUCAGCCCUGUGGGACAGGACAUCUUGGCCUGGGAACAACGUGGACUUCUUUUACCAAGAGCCCUGCAGAGAAGACAUACUCCUGCAGUGUCUUCUCCUGCCCAGAAAACCCCAAGGAAGACAGCCCAAGACCGUGGUCCUUCUGGGAGACGCUGGCCUCGGGAAGACCACCGUGGCCAAAAAAGUGAUGCUGGAGUGGGCAGAGGACAAGUUCUACGCCCACAAGGUCUGGUUCGCCUUCUACCUCCGCUGCCAGGAGAUGGACGGGCCGGAGGAGCGGAGCUUCUCCGAGCUGAUCGCCUGCAAGUUGUCCGGGUCUCUGGCUCUCGCGUCUAGGAUCCUCUCCCACCCGGAACACCUCCUCCUCCUGCUGGAUGGCUUUGAGGAACUAACCUUGACCCUCGUAGACAGACCGGAGGACCUGAGCCAAGACUGGAGCCAGAAAAUGCCUGGGUCCGUCCUCCUGACCUCUCUGUUGAGCAAAACGAUGCUCCCUGAUGCCACGAUCAUCGUCUUCCUGAGGUUCAACAUGUGGAAGACCGUGAGUCCCUUUCUGAAAGACCCCUCUCUGAUCACCCUGACGGGCUUCAGCGCGCCGGAGCGAUCCAGGUAUUUCAGGUCGUACUUCAAAAACGGGCGCGAUGCCGACGCGGCCCUGCGCUUCGCCAUGGGCAGCGCCGUCCUCUUCUCCAUGUGCCGGGCCCCCGUCACCUGCUGGCUGGUCUGCUCCUGCCUGAAGCAGCAGAUGGAUCGGGACAGCAGCCUGCCGCAGGCAUUCCCCAACGCCGCGGCCGUGUUCGUCCACUGCCUCUCCAGCCUGUUGCCAACCCAGGCGCGGCACGCUGUCAGCGAGACCCACCAGGAGCAGGUGAAACGCCUGUGCUCCCUGGCCGCGGAGGGCAUGUGGAAGGACCAGUGGGUGUUCGGCGAGACGGAUUGCAGCCUGGCCAGACUGGAUGAGAGGGACGUCCAGCUGUUUCUCAGGGCGCAGGUCCUCCGGAGGGUGGCGGCCGACAGGGCCCUCGUCGCCUUCACCCACCCGAGCUUCCAGGAGUUCUUUGCUGCCCUGCUGUUCAUCCUCUGCUUCCCGCAGCGGCUCAGGAAUUUCAAAGCGUUGGACAACUUCCGCGUCCUACAGCUGCUCGCGCAUCCCGGGAGGUGGAGAAACCCCCUGGCCGGAAUGGCGCUCUUCCUGUUUGGCCUGUUGAACGACACGUGCACCCUCGCGGUGGAGCAGCUGCUGGGGUGCAAGGUGUCCCUGGGGAACAAGAGGAAGCUGCUGAAGAUCGCCGCCCUGCCGCCCGACAGUGAGCCCCCGGCCCCACACCACAGGCUCCCCCAGCUCUUCUACUAUCUGUACGAGAUCCGGGAGGAGGUCUUCGUGGGUCAGAUCCUCCAUGACUGUCGUAAGGCUCUGCUGGUCCUCAGCAAGAUCAGGGACCUGCAGGUCUCCGCUUUCUGCCUCAAGUUCUGCCGACGUCUGCAGGAGCUAGAACUGACCGUCGCCAAAAUGACCAGCCUCUCGCCAGGCCCUCUUCCUUCUCCCCACUUUAGGCAUGUGGGCUCCCUCGUGGUGAGUGAAGGCAUCAUCAGAGUUCUGGUGGAAAACCAGUACCUGAGACACUUGGAAAUAGAAAACACGCAGAUGAGACGCCAAGUGAUAGAUGCCCUCUGCACCACCCUGAAACACCCGCGGUGCUUUCUGCAGACUCUCAGGCUGGACGGUUGCCCGUUUGACCCCACCAAAGGGGCUGACCUCGCCUGGAGUCUCAGGAAGAACACCCACCUGAAGACCCUGAUGCUGAGACGCGGCUGCCUGGAGAGGGACGAGCCAUGUGUCCCCGUGUUGGCGCCCCAGCUGGAGAGGCUGUCGCUGGAGAAUUGUGACCUCACGUCGCUUUCCUACCGAAGUCUUGCCUUUUCUCUCGUGAGUAACCGGAGUCUGACCCACCUGAGCCUGGCAGAAAACGCCCUGCAGGAUGACGGGGCGAAGGAGCUCUGGAAAGUCUUACAAAACUUUCCGUCUACCCUGCAGAGGCUGGUGCUGAGGAAUUGCGCCCUGACCUCCGAGUGCUGUCAAGAUAUAGCGUCUGUUCUUGAUAAAAAUAAAAACCUGAGAAGUCUGGACCUCGGCUGUAACAGCCUGAGGGACACCGGCGUGAUCCUGCUGUGUCAGCACCUGUUGAAACCUGACUCUUGCCUCCAGGUUCUCGAGCUGGGGGAGUGCCAGUUCACCUCCGUCUGCUGCCCGGCCCUGACCUCCGUGCUCCUCCACAACCAGACCCUGCGGCACCUGGACCUCAGCGGAAACAGCGUCGGGCUCCAGGGCGCCAAGCUCCUGCAGGACGCCGCCCUGAAGAGGGUGCUCGGCCCCAGGGUCGUCCUGAAGAAGAAACAGAGCAAUGGAAUGGACAUGAUGAGAAGACUGGAGGGCCCGGUGGUGAACAAGGACGUCCUGGAGAUAGUUCUGUGAUCAGGCCGCAGGGAUGGUUUGAUCUCGUGACCCCCCCUGCCCCAGAUAUAGUUGUGUUUUUUUUUCCUGAUGAAAAUUGGGAAUCGGUUGACUUGUCUGUGGGCCAUUCUGAAUCUGGGAUGGCACAGUUAGUUCUGGGAGAUGCUGUGGAGCAUGACCUGCAAAUAGCCCCCUGGGAGAUACUGAAGGUCGUGUGUCCAACAGAGGUUAGUCAUGGAAUUGGGGU